CUCGCUCCGGGCCCCGGCUGCGGCGCGCGCGGGCGCCCGGCCUGCUGCGGGCCAUGGGCGAAGCGGGCGCCGUGGGGCGCCGCCGGCCCUUCCCCGGGGCGCCGCGGCGGCGCUGGUGGCGGCGGCAGCAGCAGCAGCAGCGGCGGCGGCAGCGCUGGUGGCCGGGCCGCGGCGAGGGCGAGGGCGCCGGCCGCGCCGCCAUGGGCCUAGCUGGGCUGCAGGCAGGAAGAUGUGCAAGCCCCGCGCGGUGGAGGCGGCGGCGGCGGCAGCGGCGGUGGCGGCGGCAACGGCCCCGGGCCCGGAGAUGGUGGAGCAGAGGGGCCCGGGGAGGCCCCGCAGCGACGGGGAGAACGUGUUUGCGGGGCAGUCAAAGAUCUAUGCCUACAUGAGUCCAAACAAGUGCUCUGGAAUGCGCUCCCCUCUUCAGGAAGAGAACUCAGUUGCACAUCAUGAGGUCAAAAGCCAGGGGAAGCCAUUAGCUGGAAUCUACAGGAAGCGAGAAGAGAAAAGAAAUGCUGGGAAUACAAUCCGAAGCUCCGUGAAGUCUGAUGAACAGAAGAUCAAAGACGCCAGGAGAGGUCCCCUGGCUCCUUUUCCAAACCAAAAAUCUGAAGCAGCAGAGCCUCCAAAAAUUCCACCCCCGUCAAGUGAUUCUACCAAUACAGUGGUUGCCAAGCAGGCCCUGAAAAAACCCCUCAAGGGCAAGCAGGCCCCUCGGAAAAAGUCUCAAGGGAAAACACAGCAGAAUAGAAAGCUUACAGAUUUCUACCCGGUGCGAAGGAGCUCCAGGAAGAGCAAGGCUGAGCUACAGUCUGAAGAGAAGAAAAAAAUUGAUGAACUGAUUGAGAGCGGGAAGGAAGAAGGCAUGAAGAUUGAUCUCAUUGAUGGAAAAGGCCGGGGUGUAAUUGCCACCAAGCAGUUCUCCCGGGGAGACUUUGUGGUAGAAUACCAUGGGGACCUCAUUGAGAUCACCGAUGCCAAGAAGCGGGAGGCUCUGUAUGCACAAGACCCCUCCACAGGCUGCUACAUGUACUAUUUUCAGUAUCUGAGCAAAACCUACUGCGUGGAUGCCACUCGAGAAACUAAUCGCCUGGGAAGGCUGAUCAAUCAUAGUAAGUGUGGGAAUUGCCAGACCAAACUGCAUGACAUCGAUGGCGUGCCUCACCUCAUCCUCAUCGCCUCCCGCGACAUUGCAGCUGGGGAAGAGCUCCUGUACGACUAUGGAGACCGCAGCAAGGCCUCCAUUGAGGCCUAUCCUUGGCUGAAGCAUUAACCAUGUGGCCUCCCUGCCACCCUGCCUCCUUCAAAGGACAAAGUGCCCUCAAAGGGAAAUGAUUUUUUUUUACACACACUUACUCUUAGCUAAUUACUUCAGAUGUUUUUAAAAAGUCUAUUAAAGAUGCCUUUUCAUGUAGUAUUUAAAUAUCUGUUACAGGUUUCCAAGGUGGACUUGAACAGAUGGCCUUAUAUUACCAAAACUUUUAUAUUCUCUUUGUUUUUGUACUUUUUUUCAUACAAUUGAGCUUUUGUGCUUCCCGUGCAGUCAAGGACUCGGCCGGCACAGGUGUAGAGAAUGGAGUGGAACGUGAACUAGGAAGCCGGGCUCUGCCCAAGAUGAAAGCCAGGACUCCCCCGCACCCCACGUCCAAGGACAGGCGGGUGUGAGGGUGCUGCCACCCCCCACGCACAGCCUGGACGGGAUGUCUCCAAGCUCUUGUUCUCCUCAGCGUCUUGACAGGCGUACACAUUGACGUGUGUGAAUAUUUUUUAGCAAAAGUUUUGCAGUAAGCUCGUCUUCCCCUCUGCUUUCUCCAAAGCUUACUGAGCCCGGGGCUCGGAAGCCCGGCCGGGAACAGACCUCUUCCACAGGCUUUCGGCUUUUCCAGGCACCUCGAAGCAUCAGGGUGGGCAGUCAGACUAGAGGCAGGCCGGGAAAAGCACUGUUCUCCUGCCCCAGCGGGGCGGGUCUCCUGAAACUGCAUUAAUUCUUUAUAGAAAUGUGAACACUGAAUUUAUUUUAAAAAAAUAAUAAAACAAUAAAACGUUUUAAAAAAAUCAAAAAAAUGGAAAAAAACCACAGAAAACAACUUAUAUGUAUAUAGGUUUUGAAAGGAGUGAAAUGACUGUUUUCUUCUGGAUUUUUUUUUAAGCUUUUUUGGCUUGGCUGGAUGGUUUGUGUAGAGAAGAUUUGAGAUGGUACUCUUCUAAUCAAAAGUAAGAUUUUUCUAGUGGGACCAGAAAUUACUAAGUCCAUACACACCUACCCACCCCUCCACCCCCGACCUGCAAUCCUGAUUCUGCGGCAUGGAAAGUUCUCUACCUGCUGCCAAGGCACAACCCCUGGUAUCCUGUGAAGAUGCUGCAGCCCAGGAUCCCUGGAGGCAUCAGAUGUGUGGCACUAGGGUGCCUGGCAGCCAGAGAAUCAUUGUGAUUGUUCUUAACCUGUGAUAGCAGAAGUAGGUGGUUUACUUCCAUUUGGGGGCUGGGGCUCUGGAGCUAGGUAUGAGAACUUACCCUUGUCCCCAACACCUCCCCCAUCCCCCAGCCUCUUGAUGGUGCUACCUAAGAAAGUCUUCCCCACACCCCUUGCUAGUCCGGUCAGUGGUCAGACUUGGAGGAGGAUCCGACAGGAGGGUGUAACUGUGAGCUAAAAUGUCUUGGUUGUACCUGUUUGUGGCUUAGCUUUGUAUUUAAAUAGCAAACAAAAAAAAGGAAAUAAACUUGAAAAUUAUUUGUCAUCAUAAAAAUAAAGAGAAAAGAAUUAAAAUAUUUAUUGCCAGGCAAUGCCA